AUGGGUUUUCAAAAUAUUUGGUAUUCACAUCCACGAAAGUAUGGGCAAGGAUCUAGAUCCUGGUCAGUAUUACUAUACUUUAUUAUAUUUUUGUCUGUAGACAAAUGAAUUUAUAUCAUAAAAUAACAAAGAAUGUAUUCCACCGCGUGUCAACAUUUAUUUUUUCAAAACAAAACUAUAUUCUUUCAAUUUUUAGUAUAAAUUAUUUGAAAGUACCAAUUAUUAUAUUAUCAUUAUAGUUCAAAAGAUAAAUUAUUUUAAUUAGAAAAAUUAUUUUCAUUUUUCAAUUAUAACCUCAAUGCAAUGUGUAUUGUGCAUAAUAUACUAGGAAUUUAUUUAUAUAAAUAAUCAUGUUACAUUACUUCACAGACUAGCAUUUAUUUAUAUGAAUAAUCGUUACUUUACAGCCGUGCUUGUGCAAAUAGACACGGAUUGAUUCGCAAAUAUGGUUUAAAUAUUUGUCGACAAUGCUUUAGAGAAUAUGCUGCUGAUAUUGGUUUCAAAAAGAUACCAGGGAAUUUAGGAUUAACAUCAAAAGCAGAGAUACAAAUGAUGUCACCUUUGUGGAAGUUAGCUGCAAAUGCAGGUCCAUUUGUUAAAAUUGCUGCUUUGAGUGGUGCUGCAGCUGUAACACUUGGGGCUUAUGGUUCUCAUAAAUUGUCAGAAAAAGAUAAAAAGCAAGUAUUUGAAACUGCAAGCCGUUAUCAUUUUAUUCAUACAUUAGCAAUGCUGGGAUUACCUUUUUGUAGAGCACGUUACUUGGCUGCGACGUUUUUAAUUUCUGGAAUAGUACUGUUCUGUGGAACUUGUUAUUAUUCUGCAUUUACUGGCGAUAAAAAAUAUAAUAAACUAACACCAAUAGGUGGAAUGUGUUUCAUAGUAGGAUGGUUAAGCAUGUGUGUUUAAGAUGUCAAGAAAUAUGGAAAUAUUACAAUGUAUGUGAAGAAGUUAAUAUAAGUAAAAAAUUUUUAACUAUUGUAUACAAAAAAUAGCUAUGUAAAUAUUAAUUAUACUUUGAAAUAAACUAUUUCUUUAUAAAUUAAAAUCAUUUUUAAUAUUACGAGUACUACUUACGAAAUAUUGUUGAUUAGAUAAAAUAUUUUGUGAUGAAGCAACAUUUGUAUUUUCACUUAUUGAAAACUGCUAAAGAAAUAUGUGAUUUAAAUAAAAGUAAAACUUGUUUAUAUACUAACGAAUUGAUGUAAACAUAAUUUUUUUUUAUAUUACUGAUAUAAGUUUAAAUGACAUUAUUCUAUACUAUUGUACAUUAUAUUCCUAAAUUGUAGUUUGCAUACUUUAUGAAUGACUCUGUAUUAUAUAUACGUAACCAGUUAAUUAUAAUUAUAUAAUUUAUAAUAUAUUAUAAUUAUAUUAUUAUUAUAUAAUUUAUAAUAUAUUAUAAUUAAUUAUAAUUAUAUAAUUUAUAAUAUAUUAUAAUUAUAUAAAUUAUAAUUAUAUAAUUCAUUGUUACUUGUCUUAGAAAUGUAAUGUAAAAAUAUAACAUGUUUUACGUUUUAUCAUAAAGUACGUAAAAAUUAUGAAGUGUGUUAUGAAGUAUAAGAAGUAUACUUCAUAAAAAUUAUGAAAUAUAUAUCAGGUUGUGAUUAAAUAAAUUUUAUAAUUAUGUUAGAAAAAAAAAAUCACGAGACAAUCAUUUCAAAAAUUAA